AUGGCACCCACUCACCCGCCCAGGCGCCCACCUCACCAAGGCGCCCACCUCACCCUUGCCUCACCCCAUAGCCCCACCUCCCAUGGCGCCCACCCAUGGCGCCCACCUCACCCCUCACCAGGCGCCCUCACCUCCCUCCCCAUCCACCUCUUGGCCCCCCUCACCCGGCGCAUCCACCCUCACCCCCACUCACCACCCCCCACCUCACCAUGCACCCCCCUCACCACAGCGCCCAUCUCACCAAGAGCGCCCCCCACCCAUCACCCACCUCACAGCACCCACUCACCUGCAGCGCCCACCACCCAAGAGCGCCCAUCUCACCCCCACUCCCACCACCCAUGCGCCCAUCUCACCAAGCGCCCAUCUCACCCACGGCACCCACCUCACCUGCGCCCACCUCACCAUGGCGCCCACCUCACCCGCCCACCUCACCAUGGCGCCCACCUCACCAUGCAUCCACCUCACCAGCGCCCACCUCACCCACUCACCUGCAGCCCCACCUCACCCACAGGCGCCCAUCUCUCACCCACGCACCCACUCCCACCCCACCAUGGCGCCCAUCUCACCAUGGCGCCCACCUCACCCACUCCCCACGGCACCCACACCUGCAGCCCACCUCACCCCAGCCCCAUCUCACCCACGGCACCCACUCACCUGCCCGCCCCUCCACCUCACCACACCUCCUGGCGCCCACCUCACCUGCACCUCAGCGCCCACCUCACCAGCAUCCACCCCACCAUGCGCCCACCUCCACCCACAGCCCCACCUCACCCCACCACCUCCACCCAUGGCUUCCAUCUCCCCACCUCUUCACCCGUGGCCCACCUCACCAUGAGCCCCAUCUCACCCACGGCACCCACUCUGCACCCACCUCACCACCGCGCCCACAGCCCCCACCUCACCAUGGCCCACCUCACCACCUCCCCCCUCACCCAUCACCAGGCACCCUCCACCUGGCCCCACCUCAUCUCUUCACGCCCACUCACCCAUGGCGCCCACCUCACCAUGGCGCCCAUCUCACCCCACCUCACCCACUCACCUGCCCAGCGCCCACCUCACCCCAGCGCCCAUCUCACCAUGGCGGCACCCACUCACCUGCAGCGCCCACCUCACCAUCCUGCAGCGCCCACCUCACCCACCUCAGCGCCCACCUCACCAUGGCGCCCAUCUCACCUCAGGCACCCAUCACCCUCAGUGCCCCCUGAAUCCCUUUCUGUUUCCUGUUUCCCUGUUACUAACACUCAUUCCAGCAGCCUGUGA